AUGAAAACUACGUCCCCAAAGGAUUCAAUUGUCUCUACCCUUCCACCAGAUCUGAUUGAGGCAAUCGGCGACAAGCUGGAAAUCGAGGAUGUCAAACAACUUCGCUUAACUUGUAAUACGAUGGCAGACCUUCUACAGCCGCAUAUCUUCAGGUCGGUUACACUUUGUAUCCACGGCGACAAUUAUCAGCAGGGGGUUGAGAAACUCGAAGCUUUGGCGAGGUCAACUCACCCCGCAUGUUAUGCCGCCCGGGCACUGACCAUCAGAACUCUAUCGCCUGGAUAUGCGCCUCGAUCCUUUGGUCCAAUCGCACUUCUAAAGGCAAACAAUUCCAUUGAUCUAUUUGAGAAAGAUCCCUUCGAGGUUUCCACUGCCAAAGACAGGAUAAUAAACCACUUACUUGAUGCAAUUACCUCGCUUCAAGGAGUUCGUGCAGUACAGUGA